CACCAGUACAAUUUUUAAUGCUAUUGUUACUAUGUUUAUUUAUUUAUUUUUUUGAUCUACAACUACUUUACUAAAUUUCAAAAUAGCACUUAUUCUUUGCGUACAUUUUAUCACCUUAAAAUAUUACAUCAUUUGGCAAUCGUAAUUACUACACACAGCAUAACCAGACAUUCCUCAAACAACAUUCAUCAUAAUCAGUCAGGACCUUCGCACUAGUAUUUUCGAAGGAGAUUCGAAAAUAUUUUGAUGCAAUUUGUUUAUUUUCAAGAUGAAAAUAAUCUUGACGUAUCUUUUAAGCUGUAUAUUAUCUUAUUUUAAAAAAAAAGAACUAGAGUCUACUAAAAAUAUCAUAUAAGAAGAGUAAUUAUUGUUAGAUAAUAAAAAAAUUUAGAUCAAAAGAAGAGAUUUUUAUCUAUUUAGUGCUAUGUUUUGUAGUUUAUCAACUGUCUUGAUAACACAUUUCAGUAAAUGAGUUGUUUCAUGCAUCAGAAGUUUUGAGUUUAUAAUAUGUAAUAAUUGAGUCUCUGUGUUAACCGAGACAAAACAAGUUGGAAAAUUAUAAGUUUUUUUAAGCAUGGAUAACAAAUUUGCUGCGGACGACAGGCUUCGAGUUGACCAUGCUCACAUGACGGGCUCACUGUCUGCUCCUAGGCUAAGCUUUUCAGCGACAGAUGUCUUUAAUUUAAGAAAUCACAAUCUAUCGCCAAUGUCACGAUCAACAAUAGGGCUGUAUAGUCCAAUAAGAAAAAGUGGGGAACAAAUAAAUUUAUUUGGUGACUAUCAACCUAAAAGCAUUCUUGUAAAGAAACAUGAUAUCUCAACAUCGAGAUUAUCAGGGUUAACGAAUGUAACAGAUGUUAUACCUGAAGAAACAGAGAAAGACGCGAAUUUAGCGCACAUUAAAAUUAGAAAGGAAAUUCAAUUCACAGUAUUUGUAGUAGUUUGUUUCAUUUUCAUGGUAGUAAUUCCUCUCUCAAUGAUCACAAUUGGCAUUCUUCAUUUAUAUAAUUGCAAAGCCCAACCUAUGAUACCCAUAUACUUAAUCAUUGCAGGCUCAGCUUUCAUAUGUUUCAUGUUUUUAUUUAGAAAACUUAGAAAUUUAGUGAAAGAUCAAGAACAUAAUGACUCAUUUUACUCAAGGUGUUUACUAGCAUCGAUACUAAUCCAAGUAGGAUGGUUUGCUGCAGGAUGUUAUUGGACUUAUGCAGCUUUCCCGCCAAAUUACUACGACACUACAAGCUUGAAAUAUUGUCAUAAAACUUUAUAUCAAUACGCAUUUUGGCUUUUAAAUUCCAUAUUUCUCAGUACAUCCUUAUUUCUUAUAUCUUUCACUGUAUACAUUGUAUUUGGAAGGCCAACAAAUAAUGAUGUAGCAGAUAAAGCUUAAAAUAUUAACAGAAUAGAAAAACUGUACAGGCAUUAGUAUAACAGGUACCGUAGAAUAGCACGACCAUGGUCCAAAAACCCUGCAUUUCUUACUUUAACAUCACUUUGGGUCAUAGUUGUGCGAAUACAUAGAUUUAUGAAAAUAACAUUAGCUUCACUAGCUAUUUUAAAAAUAAGCUUAAGUGCUUCUAUAUUGGAAAUUCCUUGAGAUUCAAUUUUUAAGUCAUUAAAAGUUUAGAGAAUUGCCUUCACAAAAAAAUAAAAUAUUAUAUAUUUUUUUGCAUUUUUAAUGCAUAUUUUCACUUUUACAGUUUUUUUUUUCCAAAACGUAACUUACAGUGAAGAAGAAUUUUUUUUUUUAAAACUCUAAGAAUGCUUCUUAAGCAACAGAGCCCACUUAUAACGAACCGGUAUUUAACAAGGAGAAUAGUCUUUUAAUUGGUUUAGUGAAUCUAGUUUUAAUUUUUUAACACCCUAGUGUGUAUGCUUUUUUUUACUUAAUUUUUGACAAGGUUCUAAAACUAUAUAGUAAGGGGAGUCAAUGAAAUUGAAAUAAUUAAGCUACACAUAGCAAAAUUUCAGUGUUUAAAUUGUUUAACGUUUAAUUGUUAAUUGUGUUGUUGGUCAAAAUUAAUUCAGAACUUUGAUAUAUUUGCUCAAAAACUAGCAUUUUUGUCAUAAUUAGCGAUGAAAAAUACGAUAACCAGUGUAACUCAAUUAAAUUCUUGCUUUUCUGAAUUCAUUGCGCUUAUUUGCUACAAAACUUAAUUCAAUGACAAGAUAAUUCUUGUUUACAUCUGUAAAUACCUACAAUAAUUUGAGUUAAAUUUUUUAGUUUCAAAACUAUCAAAGCAUUUAUAUUUUUGUCUACUUUAUUUAACAAUUUUAUGUAUCUUUUUAAAUAAAAUGUUUAAAAAUUGUUGCA